GAUUGUUAAAUGUGCUGGACAAGAAAGGAAGAGGGAAAAAUAUCAAAACGUGCCCCUCAUACCUGCCGCUAAGGAGGAGGACCCGCUUCGUUCAUUCAUCUAUGUGGCUGUCUAUUCAUUGCAAACCAAAUGUAUUUCCACAUUUGUUGACAAGACAAGAGCAAGUGUAUCUCCAACACACACAAGUUGUUGCCAUUGUUGUUGUUGUUGUCGUCAUUAUUGUGGAAAACGACGAAGGCGACGACGUUUUGAACUCAAAACGUUCAAUUCUAUCUAGGCAACUGAACUUAGUUCUACACGGUCUCCUCCACAAGCCGGUCAUGUGAAUAGCGUCGUUAUUAUGCGUUCCCAGUGUCACAAGCCAUCGCAUAACAAACGUCGGGACAAUCUAUCUGACUAACAGAGCGACGACAUUAAUUUAUUGUGAGAGAAAAAAAUAACAAAAGCAAAGCCUAAGUGCGGUCAGUUAGGAGAUAAAGCGCAAUUGAACGCUUCAUUCAGAUUGAAUCGUUUUGAAAAUUACAAAUGUCCAACUGCAAAUCAUAAAUAAUCGCGUGUGUGUGCGUGUGAGUGUGUGUUCGACGACUUUAUUAUUGGCGUGAUUCAACGAGCGUGUUACCUCCUUGCUCUGUUUGACGUUUGACAUUAAUUAGUAACACAUUUGAUGUGUGUUUUGAAUUAGAAUAACAACAAAAAUUAACAACAACAACAACAAAAUUGUCAUGUCUCUGGAUUAACCGGCAAUUAGAGACAGCGAUUUAAUAGCAGAAGUAUAGAGCGCCAAUGCCAUGACAACGCUGCAACAGCAAACUAUUUUGAAUGAUUCAGCAGCCGCAACAAAUGGAAUUGUUGAGAUGGAAUUGUUUAUUUCAAUAUUGCUUAAUAAAUAGCUAAACAAACACAAAAAUCGCACUGUGCGAAAAUAUAACAAAAUAAACAAACUCAACGAAAAGGAAAUUUUGACUACAAACUAGCAGAUAAUUCUAUAUUUUAUAAGCAAAAAGGACUAGAACUAAGAAACCCGGCUACUCGCGACGCUACUCAUCAAUUAAACCUAAAGGGGAUUGCUGAAACUACACAAACUCAACAAAACAACAGCUUUGCAAUACCAAAAUGUUUAUAAAACUCUAAGAAGGAUAAGUCUUCGAUGAUUGUUGUUGGACGACGACAAAGCCAUGAAUGAAUUUAACCUUAAACAAAAAAUAAUUUACAUAUAUUUUUCUGCCAUCUUUACAUUGUCUACAUAAAUAUCGAAACAAAAAAGGAAACUAAAAAUCUACAACUAUACAACGUAACAAACGAAAAACUUUUAAAAACAAUUUUUACUCGAAAGAUAAGGACAAGAAGAAAAAAAUUAAAACCAAUUCUCUCACCAAACAAAAAUUCCCAUUUUGGCAAAAUUACGUUUUUCCUCUACUCCCUGCAACGCCACAGUCCACAAUUGAAAGUCGUUGUGCCGCCGCCGCCGCUGCCUUUGCCAUAUUGAAAACGAAACCAUUCAUUAAACGCUCUCUUUAUUUUUGUAUUAUUUAUUUAACAAAUCUUUUUGUUUAAACAAAAAACGGAAAAUCGACAACGGAAAACAAUGUUUAAAAUACGCCAACGUAGCUGUCUUUUAUUGACCUUAGUCUUAAUUUUGUUGCCAUGUGUUAUUGUACUAAUGCUAAUGGGUCCAGAGCUAUCCACCGAACAGGCGUUGUCACAACGUUUGGGUGAGUGUCACAUGCGUCUGCAGUAUCUGGAGACGAUGUAUAGGACGCGUCAGGAGGAUGUUGCCCUGCUGUCGCAAUAUCUCAUACAACUACAGAAUACCAGCAAUGGUGUUACGGCCAUACCAGCUGCUGCUCCUCCUGCUCCCGCUUUGCUGGAUAAGAACUCCACCAGCCUCAUCAACUCAGCCCCGGCCUCCCUGCUCGAUGGCCUCUCCGCCGAGGCCCGACAAAUUCUCCGCAAUGCCUCUCAACUGCAUUCCCAGCAAAUGCAUUUGUCCGGCUCCUCAAAUGUACGCCUGCCAACCGCCUAUCAUUUCCUACCCCAUCUCUCCGACGAUCCAAAUUCAUUGCGUCCCGCUUUACUACGUUCCCGAGGACGUUCCGAUGUUAGCAUUGUCUUGGGCAUACCAACGGUAAUGCGAGAAAAGCAAUCCUAUCUUUUGGGUACAUUGCACAAUCUAAUCGAAAACAUGAACGAAGAGGAACAGAAUGAGACUCUGAUCAUUGUCUAUAUUGGCGAAAAUGAGCCCGAGAAUGUACAGAACAUAGCCAAAAGUGUGGAAAUAGCCUUUGAGCCUUAUCUCGAAUGUGGCCUCAUAGAAAUAAUAGCCCCCUCGCCAUCGUAUUAUCCGAAUUUUGAUAAAUUGAGAAUAACAUUGAACGACUCGUUGGAAAGGGUCAAGUGGAGAAGUAAACAGAAUUUGGAUUUUGCCUAUUUAAUGGCCUAUGCGCAAACGAAAGGCACAUUUUAUGUCCAACUUGAAGAUGACAUUCUGGCUAAACGCCACUUUAUAACGACAAUGAAAAAGUUUGCCAUCACAAAAAGCGCUUUGACCAAACCGGAUCAGCCGCCCUGGUUCCUGCUAGACUUUUGCCAAUUGGGUUUCAUAGGGAAAAUGUUCAAAUCGGCCGAAUUGCCUUAUCUCAUAACGUAUUUCCAAAUGUUUUACAAUGACAAACCAGUCGAUUGGCUGUUAGCCUAUUUCAUGGAAUCAAAGGUGUGCCGUAAUGAUCUCGAUCAGAAGCAUUGCAACCAGGAGAAGGCCAAAUAUUGGCUGCACUAUAGACCCUCACUGUUCCAGCAUAUUGGUACAAGCUCAUCGCUCAAGGGAAAAGUGCAAAAGCUCAAGGACAAACAAUUUGGCUCAAAGGUGCCCACAUUUUAUGCCCACAAUCAUAAUCCUCCGGCGCAGGUGAAAACGAAUAUUUCGCCCUACAAAAAUUACCAAUUAAAAAGGGCAUAUCGUGGUGAGACCUAUUUCUGGGGCCUUCUGCCACAACCCGGCGAUUUGGUGCAGUUUAUUUUUGAAAAACCCACAUUGCUGAAGCAUUAUCUGUUUCGCAGUGGCAAUUCAGAACAUCCUUCGGAUCGUUUUUAUAAUACAACUGUUGAAAUUCUACCCGCCGAUACAUUGAGUGAAAGCUCUGGGGUCUGGAGUUCAUAUAAUUCCACAACAGAUGGUUAUCUGAUAGUGGGAUCAUUUGAUAAUAUGGGUGUGGCCGAGGGUUCGCUGGAUGUGAAAAUUGGGGCCAUCAAGGAAAUACGUUUACAUGUGCAUGGGGAUAGCGAAAAUUGGGCGCUGCUAAGUGAAAUAGAUUUGCAAGCUGAUAACAGUAACAAGAGAUGAUGGACAUAAAGUGGAGGAGGAGAAGGAGGAGGAGUUGGCAAUGUCACAGGGUGAUGAGCACCAACGAUGGGUUUUUUAAACGUUAUUUUUAUUAUGUCACGUUGUCUACUAAUUUACAAACCCUUGACCAUGCUUUUUGGAAUUGGAGAAGAACAAAACGAAAAACAUUAUGAACUACUGAAAAUCCUCCCAAGCUGUGUGUUUUUUGUUUGUGCCAUGGAAUAUAACAAAAAAUAUGACCUACACGACGAUGACAGCUUCAACAAGAAUUUGUAUUAUAUUUUUCUCCACGAUGAUAAUGAUGUCCUCUAAGGUGUUUAUUUUCUAAGUGUUUUUUUACAAUGCAAACCUACAGGUAGAGGUCCACUUGUAUAUACAUAUAUAUGCAACCCAUAUGUGUUGCAAAUGUCUAAAAUACUACAUUUACUAUAUAUAUACAUAUGUGUGU